UACUCCUCACACACCCUCUUCUUCCCUGCUCUCAUUACUAGUGGCUUUAUAAAGAAGCUGCUGUAAUUUUCCUUUUCUUUUGAGUGUGUUUGUGACAAAACCGACACAGCAAAAAUGAAGGCUCCCGUCCGCGCAACACGCAGGAGUCCUCCGCAAACAAAGAAGAGGAUUCAAGCCUAUUCCACUCUCAUCUACAGAGCUCAUAAAGAGGUGGGUCUGGCUGGGAUGAGGAGUCCAGACUUCCUGGCCAGUCGGCUCGGUUUUCCCAGACCGUUCCUGCUCAGACUGGUGAGCUCAGAGGCUUCCCGGCUGUCGAAAACCAACAGACUAAAAGUCAUCACUCUGCAGGAGCUCAAUGCUGCUGUCACACUUGUACAAGCGAGGACUUGCACGAGAGCUGCUGCAUGAAGAUUUGGACUUGAACGAAACAAAAAUUUACUAUUUUUAUUAUUAUAUUAAAGAGUUUAAUUUUUUUAAUCUGUUGCCUUUAUGCAAGAUGCAAGUUUUGCAUGGUGAUGCCAAGUCAGUAGGUAAAACAACAUUAAGUACUCACCCCUAGCAGUUAGUUGGUUUAUGGAAGCUUAAGUGUUCAACAAAUCUAAGUCGUACAGUUGCAAUGUAGAGAAACUUAUGAGGGUGUAGGCACAGUAUUUGAGAAGUUUGAAAUGCAAAUUUCUGAUAGGGUACUUGCUAGAAAGUGUUUCUCUGGUUGCAUUUCUCAGUUGAUGCAGUUACAAUGAUGGCCAUUUUACCAGUGUUUUGGCUAACAUGCUCCAAUCUGGUAUUGUUUUCAGUAUUUCGGACAAAUUAAAUAUUGCGGUAGGGUGCGAGCUUUUGCUUCCAGGGCAUAGUGAGUCGGUUUUAACGUGAGCCCUACUGCUUGCUUCAAUGUACAUUCAAACUUCGUUUCUCAUAUCUGUCUUCGCUUGCUGUCAGUUUGUCCUGUCAACCAGUCUGUGCCUCUCAAAUCUCAACUUCUAGUUCGAUUUUUGUCUGGUUCCCACAGAUUCUUUUGUAAUUUUUUUUUUUUUUUUUUUUUAAUUCAUAAGUCAACUUAAAGGACCAAUGUAUAGGAUUAGUGGCAUCUAGAGCCAAGAAUAACCCUUCCCUUCAGCCUUCCUUUUGCAAGCGUGUAGGAGAAACCACAGUGGCCUUCAGGUGACCUAAAAGCCCUCCCAGUGUCUGGUUUGUCCAUUCCAGGCUUCUGUAGAAACAUGGUGGGCGCCAUUGACUAAGGCCAUGUAGAUAUGAAGGGCUCAUUCUAAGCUACUGAAAAUGAUUCUUGGUUUCAGGUGCUUUACGCACUGAUGAAAAAAAUAAUUGUAAACAUGAAUAGAAUAAUUUCAGCCACGCUGGUCCUUUUUUUAAUUACUUCGUCCAGAUACACAAAUAACCUUCUAGCAGCCAUUUUUAGAAGGCACCGGGAACAAAUUCUGGAUUAAGACUAAAUAACUUGCCUGGCAGCUACUUUUCAUAACAUCUUGUCAAGAAGUCAAAAAAAAAGUCAAGUUGUCCUUGGACACAUGUGGCACCGACGCUCCGGAGACCACGAAUUGACAGAGGACUCCUGGGACACUGUUAGGAAGUUUGUUCAGGAAAUUAGCGCGAACUGGGUGGCGGUGGCGGUUGCCUGGGCAACAUUUUCGAGGUCUUUUUUUAACCGCAGAGAUGGUGGAUCGGUGGAUCAGUGGCUCCUCCACACUGCGGUGCGGCGUUCAAAGCCACCUGAUGAUGCCUCCGCCUCCUCCUCCGUGCGCUUCGAGCUCUCCUCGGCAAACGCUAUCACCCCUCACACCCAAACCGCCUCUGAACAGCCAUUUGGAGGAAAUGUAGCGCAAACCACUGUCUGCAGUUUCGAUGUCCCUCGGGUGCGGCGGCCCCAUGCCGCCAACCAGACGUGGGCCGGUUUGGGAAACGCCGACUAAUGUGUGACCCCGGGACCUCCCUGCCGGUCGUCAUGGGAUGCGGCACCUCCGUCGCCACGGAAAACCACGGGAGAAGAGUGGAAACAGAUUUUCCUCUCACGGAAGAAGCAGUUAAGACUCCCACCCCGGCUCUGACUAUGAAGGCAGCUGUUUUGAUCCAGCGAUGGUACCGGCGCUACAUGGCCCGUCUUGAGAUGAGACGCAGGUACACCUGGAACAUCUUUCAAUCGAUUGAAUACGCCGGAGAACAGGACCAGCUACAGCUCUCCAGUUUCUUCAGUUUCAUGCUGGACAACUUCACUCAGCUGAAUGGAAAUGGGCCAGACUUGAUCUCUCAGCUGCUGGACCAAGUGACAGACCCAUGGUUAGACAGAGAGACCUGCUACAACCUGAUCCCUGUUCCAGACUCGUACAUCGGGCCUCGACUAUCGUUUCCUCUCUCCGUCUCGGAUACAAAUGCUCUGCUCAGUGCAUUUAAGGAGCAGCAGACUCUACAUGCCAGAUAUGUUAUGCAGCUGCUGUACGAGACCAAAAAACUCCUAAAACAGAUGCCCAACGUCAUCCACUUGUCAACAUCCUACACCAAAGAGAUCACUAUAUGUGGUGAUCUGCAUGGGCGGCUUGAUGACUUACUUCUCAUAUUUUAUAAGAAUGGCCUUCCCUCUGCGGAGACGCCAUAUGUGUUCAAUGGGGAUUUUGUGGACCGUGGGAAAAAGUCAAUCGAAGUGGUCAUCCUCCUGUUCGCCUACCUUCUGCUUUACCCAGACUACAUGCACCUGAACCGAGGAAACCAUGAAGACCACAUAAUGAACCUCAGAUAUGGGUUCACAAAAGAAGUCAUGCAGAAGUACAAGACUCAUGGCCGUGAGAUCCUCCAGCUGUUUCAGGACAUCUUCAGCCUUCUGCCAAUCGCAACAGUCAUUGACGGGAAGAUCCUGAUCGUUCACGGAGGGAUAUCAGACCAGACGGACCUGGACUACCUCAGCUCCAUAAAGAGGCACAAGGUGAAAUCUUCCCUGAGGUUUCCCAGACGCAGUUUGGAGCAGCUGGACAUCGGUCAGUCCUGCAGAAAGGCAAAAAGGGUUAGAUCGACAGAUGGCUCUCGUCCCGGCAGCAGUCGCAGCCACAGCAAGAGCCAAAGAACCCCCAGUCUGAGAAAGAGGCGACGCGGGCUCAGCCGACAAGACAGUGCCGCCUCCACUUCUUCCUCCUCCUCCUCAUCGUCCUCAUCCUCCUCUUCGCUCUGCUCUCCUCGAACUCCAUCCAGCCUCUCGCCUCGUCCAUACCCAUCUUCUCCCAGCAUGCCUUACAAUGUCCUCCAGGUGCCUUUCCUGGACUCUCUGUCCUCUGUUCCCCCUCCUUCACCGCCAAAGCAUGAGCAGGAAUGGAAACAGAUAGUGGAUAUAUUGUGGAGUGACCCUAAAACCCAAGACGGCUGCAGUCCCAAUACAUUCAGAGGAGGAGGCUGCUACUUCGGCCCCGACGUCACCCAGAAGCUGCUGCUCCAACACGGACUCCAGCUGCUCAUCAGAUCCCACGAGUGUAAACAGGAGGGAUAUGAAAUCUGUCAUGGUGGACAGGUGAUUACUAUUUUCUCAGCAUCCAACUAUUAUGAGGAGGGAAGCAACCGCGGUGCCUACAUCAAACUGGGCAGAGAACUGGUUCCCCGCUUCUACCAGUACCAAGUCAGCCGCACAACACGCAAACUCACCCUGACACAGAGAGUACGAGCCGCUGAGGGCGCUGCUCUCAGGGCCUUGAAGGAGAAGCUAUUUGCCCAUCGCUCUGAGCUGAUGGAAGGCUUCCAGCAGUGCGAUCAGAAUAACACCGGUAGUGUGUCAGUCGGUGAAUGGGCUCAGGUGCUGGAUUCUGUACUGAGACUUGACCUGCCCUGGCGGACACUCCGUCCACACUUAACCCGUCUGGCACCAGAUGGGAGCGUGGCGUAUCUGUCCUGCUUCGAGGACAUGGGACCCGGGAUUCCUCUGCCUCAGGUCACUCCAAACUUGGCUGAAACUCUGUUCAGAUACAGGACAGACAUUGAGAUAAUAUUCAACAUUAUAGACAAAGACCAUUCAGGUCUGAUCUCCACGGAGGAAUUUCGUCACACUUGGCGUCUUUUCAGUUCCCACCUGGGCGUAGACAUUGAUGACAGCGCCAUCGACGACCUGGCACGAAGUAUCGACUUCAACAAGGACGGCAGUAUAGACUUCACUGAGUUUCUGGAGGCUUUCAGAGUGGUACAUAAACUGGACAACAAGGAUCAGCAACUUAACGAAAAGACCGAUGGAGAGAAGUACUCGUGAAGGGAGGAAUCUGAAUUCGAAAUUGUAGAAGUCCUGCAUGAUCAGCAAAGAAACUAACGGAGGAAUUGAAGUAGGAAAGCAAGGAUAAGAUGACGUAAUUUAGUAUUUCUUAAGCUUUUUAAGGAAAAAUCCAACAGUAAACAUUUGGACACAAAAAAUGUUAGAGAUUCAGUGAUGUACCUUACAGUUAUUGGUGCAUGUCGUCAAUUGUGGGUGUCUGGGACAGGUAGGUUGGUUCCAUCCACCACUUUGUCUGUACAAAAUGGAAAUCCCUCCAAUAGCUGUUGAGAUAUUUCACUUUGAAACCAGUCAUGUUCCAAAGACGAUAAAUCCUUACGACUUUGGUGAUCCCGUGACUUUUCAUCUAGCAGGUUUUUUUGGUUCAGUGUGAAACUGAAAUUUGUUGCUCUCCAGUAGGAUUAUGUUGGAAGAAGCAAACUUCAGCCAAGUGAAGAAAGGACCUAGAGGACCUAGAGAAGGUCAACUAUAGUAAUUUGAAGCAGGUCUUGAGGCUACACAAAUAGUAUUUUAGGUACAAUUUAAUUUAGUGCAGCAGUUGCAGACUUCUGAGAAACAGUAAACAACAACACGACAGCAGAAGUACCAGUGCGAUGCAGCACAAUCCAAUACAGCCGUUCUGCUAUGAAGUCUACUUCAAUGAUGCCUAUCAUGUUCAGUUUUUCUGACACUGUCAUAGAGGUUUUAAUUAAGCUAUAUGUUUUAGCAUUGAGGUCAUAGUUAGUAGUGGUGUUAUGCUGGACUUCAUUGUACUCAGAGGUGUUUCUAACAUUCUGCCCCCUUAUGUAUGUAAGUGGGAAGGACAAAAAGUGGAAACACCUAAUAAACAUGUAAUUGAAUUUACACAUUUCCUGCAAUGUCAAAUAAAAACGAACAUUAUAAACUUCGUAAAGGUUGAAUACGUGGCAGAGCUGUGGAAUUAGAUUGCGAGAAGUUGUACAGGUGUACCUAAUAAAGUGGACACUGGUUGUAUCUCAGUUCUGUAGUAUUGCUAGUAUUGAUGACUGAAGGCUUCAGCAUUAGAAAAUAUAGAAACACACUGCCAGUAAAGUCUGGGUUUCCGCUGGUAUGUGUUGAACUGUUUAAUAAAAAUGAAUAA